AUGUCCCGCACCAAGGAAGCCAUGAUGAUCGUCCUGGACGCUGGCGUCUCCAUGCGCGAGCCCCUGAACGAGCCGACGCGGAAGGCCGUGGUCGGGUCGCGCUUUGACGCAGCCAAGACCGCUGUCCAGAGCAUCCUCUCGCAGAAGAUGCUCUUCCGGAAGCACGACGAGGUCGGUAUCGUCAUGUAUGGUACCGAGGGGACCGACAACCAUCUGCACGAGACGCAAGGUGGCUACGAGCACGUGCAUGUCUUGAGCAACCUCGACGAAGUCUCGACGCGCGUCGCCGAGACAAUGGCGGUAGCCCAAGCCGCGUCGAAAGACACCAAGGCCGACGUCUUGGAUGGCAUCAUCGUCGCGCUUGACUUGCUCAUCCGGCGCACGGACAAGAAGAAGUACGAGAAGCGCCUCGUCGUCGUGACGGACGCGGCGACGCCGAUCGCCAACCCGGCCGACAUGGAGGUCGUGUGCUCCAUGGUGCAGAACAUGGACGUCCAGCUCCAGAUCAUUGGGAUCGACUUUAGCAUCACAGAUGCGACCAAGGCCGAGCCGUUGGCCGUCAAGCCCGAGGAAACGCACGAUAUCAAGCUCGAGAAUGAGAAAAUGCUGCUCUCGAUCGUCAACGAAGUGCACGGCGAGCUCCUUUCGGUCUCCAAGCGCAUUGAUUUUCUCACCCAAGGCAAGACCAAGACUGUGAACCAAACGACCAAGUUUCGCGGCAACUUGGAGUUUGGCGCGACGCUGCAGAUCCCGACCUAUGUCUUUUCGAAAACCCUCGAGCAACGGUUGCCAACGCUCGCGAAAGAGUCGACUGUCGGCGAGCCCGGUGUCGGGAAGGUCAAGAUGGAUCGUCUGUACCACAGCCAAGCCAAGCCCGACGAAGAAGUCGCGCCAGAAGCUCGCAUCAAAGCGUACAAGUACGGCUCCGAGAUGAUUCCGUUUUCGACUGCGGACCAGGCCUCGCUCAAGCUCGAAACGACACGCAGCCUCAAGAUCCUUGGGUUUCUCCCGCGCGACUGCGUGGACCGGUCGAUGUUUAUGAGCAACACGGACGCUGUGUUCGGGGACUUUACAAAGCCCCGCGCCCAAGAGGCCCUCGCGGCACUUGUGCGCGCCAUGGCCGACGAGAACAAGGUUGCGAUCGCUCGGUUCGUCGCCCGUGCGAACGCCGCACCCAAGGUCGUCGUCUUGAUCCCAAACACGUGCAGCGGAAAGGACGGGCGCUUGCACUGCCUCUGGUUGCAGCAAAUCCCGUUUGAAGAAGACAUGCGGCAGUACGAGUUUCCAUCGCUGCGCGUGGCCAAGGCGACGCCGACCAAAGAACAACAAGACGUGGCCGACGCCCUUGUCGACGCGCUCAUGCUGCCCAGCGACAAGCAGCAGCUCCACAGCAAAGCGUUUUGCCCGUCCUUGCAGCGCUUUUACGAUACGAUCCCGAAGCGCGCCGAGGACCCGCAGUGCCCCGUCGCGUCGCUCCCGCCGUACGUCGAGCGGUACCUUCGCGAAGACAAGGAGCUUUUCACGACCGCACUACCGAGCAUCCAACGCUUCAACGCGGCGUUCCAGCUCAAGGAAGCUGUCAAGGCCAAAGAUCAAAAGAAAAAAUUCUUUUGGAGCGACGCCAAGAAGAACGAGGCGGUCAAGGACGAGCCGUUGACGGGCGACGACGCCGAGCCGAGUGGCGGCGGUGACGACGACGACGACGAGUUUGACCUGGACGAUCUUUUGGGCGGCGAAGACGUGACCAGCGUCGGGUCGAUGAACCCGAUCUCGGACUUUGAAGCGCUCUUAUCGGCCAAGCACAACAAGGUGGUCAAGGCGCACAGCGCGGUCUCGGGCAUGCAGGACCAGAUCUCGACCCUCUUUGGCCAAGAGAGCGCGUACCACGGCAAAGCGUUGCAGUGUCUUUUGCAUUUUCGCCGCCGGUCGCCCGAGAUCCACUACACGGCGUCCUUUAACGCGUUUUUACAAACGCUCAAGGACACGUGGUACCUCUCACCCGUGUGGUCGUUGCUCGUGGCCCACAACGUGACGCUUCUCAGCACCAAAGACGAUCCGACGACGGACGUGACGCCCACGGGCGCGCAUGCGUUCUUGCACGGUGUCGUGGCCGCUCCGACAGAGGUGGGGGUUGCCGUCGACGCGCCCGCACCGAUCGAAGACGACGACUUGUUUGCCGACCUCGAAUAAUGCCAAUGGUCGUGGUCGUAAUCGAACGGAUGGCCUGGAUCGUGUCGCAUGGAUAUGCGACAUACACAAUUGUAACCUACCCCUUUAAUACAAAUCACGGG